GUGCUCCUCCAGAGGCAGAUCGUCUGUUCCACGGCUCUUUAGGAAGCCAGCGUAGGGAGGAUGCAACCACACAGUGAACAAGGCGAGGGAAUACGCAACCACACAGUGAACAAGGCGAGGGAAUACGCAACUAGUCCUGGUGUUUAGGUGCCCAUUGACUUCUGUGGAAGCGUUCGUGUUCAACGAUUUCUCUUCCUUUAAUAAAUAAGUCCAAUGGUCUGUGGGCUCACACUGGUCAUUCAUACGCAGUAGGCAUCAGAAAGAACAAUACUUUUUAAUUAAAACAAAUUAACGUUAAUUGUAAAAUCUGCUCAAUGCUAUAUGGAAUUGAAGCGAUGGUAAUCGAAUCAGGGAGGUAACUACAAAACAAAAGAAAUAUCCAUGAUCUCCCAUUCCGUCAUCUAGUAGUAACACCUGCCGCGUCUGCUGCCAAACUCCCAACAAGAUCUCGCGCGACUCCAACUCGCCAAGCAAAGAACUCUUUUCCCCAGGAGUCUUUGCUUCGGCGUAGACGUGCGUCGUUAGCGGUCCUUGAGCUAUUUGCUAAUUAUAUUGUAUAUUUGGCUUAAUGUCGCACGUAUAUCCAGCACAGCCAUCUGCUCCAAGACAAAAAGACACAGGUCCCAACUGUGUAGCAAUGUCCUUUCCUGCAGAACCACCACCAAACUAUGAUGAAGCAACAGCUGGAGAUAAGCAGCAAGAAUACAGAACUCCACCUUACACAACUCAGCCUCCCUCAUCAGUACCAGUUCAUCCCAGUUGGGCUUAUGUGCAUCCAAGCCCUAGUCCUGGUUAUACAAAUCAGUAUGCUUCAGAAAUGUUAUCACCAUUCUCUGAUCCAAGUACAAAUGGAAGUUGUGAUGGUUUAAGCGGAGACUCCUGGGAAGAUAAAAAUAUCCGGCGCAUGUUUAUCAGAAAGGUCUUUAUGAUUUUAAUGGUACAGCUCAUGGUCACUUUUGGUGUUGUGGCCCUCUUUACUUUCUGUGAACAAGUCAAACAAUUUGUACAGUUCAACCGGAUCCUAUAUCUUGCUUCAUAUAUUACGUUCAUGGGGACAUAUUUGGCACUUGUUUGCAGUACUAAUGCCAGACGGCGAUAUCCCACCAAUCUCAUUUUGCUAGGUGUCUUUACAUUGGCUAUGUCAUACAUGGCAGGGAUGCUAGCCAGUUACCAUAAUACAAAAGUGGUCAUGUUGUGCAUUGGAAUUACAGCAAUGGUUUGUUUUGCCAUUACCCUUUUUUGCUUUCAAACUAAGGUUGACUUUACUUCAUGUCAUGGACUGAUAUUCUCUUUGGCUAUGGUUCUAUUUCUUACUGGCUUAGUGUUGGCAUUUACAGCACCCUUUGGAUAUAUACCAUGGAUACAGACAGCCUAUGCAGGACUUGGAGCCUUGGUUUUUACAUUGUUUCUGGCCUUUGAUGUCCAGUUGCUGACAGGAAAUCGACGAUACUCCCUGAGUCCUGAAGAACAUGUAUUUGGUGCCAUGUGCCUUUAUAUGGACAUUGUCUAUAUUUUCUUCUUCCUGCUGCAGCUGUUUGGAAGUCGAGAGUGAGAUUGCAGUUUUGCACUUCACAAUGAAGACAUCAGUAAUCUUUUUCUUGUUUUGGAACCCUGCACGGAAGUAGCCUGUGGUUCUUUUACUGAAUAAUUUAACAGGUUUGGUUUUUGAAGCAAGGCCAAGGAUAUACCUUCCUGUUUUAUUAAUUCAGUUACUCUUACUGCUCACCAUGAAUAGCUGGACAACCUGUUCUAACCUAAACUGCAUUCUUCUCAGACUGUCUUUUUUCCUAUUGUACUAGGUGAUAAAGGGUUUACCAGUUGUUAGAUCCAAAGUGUGUGUACUGUAACAACGUACCUUCUGUUCAUGGCAGUCAAAUGUUACAUUGUAAAAGACACAGUAAAAUCUUAAACAUGCAUAUACCUACAAGAUGAAUGGAAGGUUACCUUAAACAUUUUGCUACUUUUUUCAUUAUACGUCCUUCUGACCUGAAUUUUGGUUUUUGAAGAAUGUAAACGAAUCUAAUAUCUCAUAUGUUUGUAGCAUGAGGCACAGGCACAAGUAAAGAACAGAAGAAUUGUGUUGUAUGUAAUAUAUAGCUAACCUUUAUUGAUGAUUCCCUAUGUUCUUUCUUGGGAAUUGCAGCAUUAUGGUCAGGAAGAACAAUGAGUAUAUUUUACUAAGAAACAUUUAAUAUCUUCUUGCUGUUCCAGAUAAUAUUCAAAAGGAGUUUUUAUUGACCGGUGUUCAUAAUAAAUUGCAUUAUCAAAAGAACAAAUUAAUGAACACAACAUAAUCCUGAAUUUUGAUGUUUCCUUCAACACUUAUGCUGGUAUAUUUAGCCUUCAUAGUAAUGUUAAUGUUAUGUAUUUUGUAUUUAAAGGUUUGAUUUUAGUCAGAAUGCAUUAUGGAAGGUAUAAAGUGAAAAGUUCAUGUAUUCAAAAAGUUUCUUAUAUUGAAUAUUUUCUGCACUUCCUAGGGAGUACAGGCAUUUAAAUUCCUACUUCAUUUUUUUUUUUCAUGACUGUGAAUCUUGCAUCUACACUCACAGUUUUGAGGUAUAAUUUAAAAAAGAUAGUGGAUUGGGUUGGGCCAAUACACAGUGGUAGUAAUGCCUCAGAUGCCAGUCUGAAUGUUUUUCAUGGUACAUUAUGUAUUUUAACUCAAAGAUGGCUAGUUGAGGUGGAUGAAUGUCCAAAACACAUUUAUAUCAAUUGUAAAGUGCUUAUAUGUUUGUACUCAAGAGGCAGUUCAUAUUAUGGAGAAACGUUAGAUGAAAAACUGUAAUAAAAGAAGCCUAUAGCAUAGAAAUUCAUAUGAAGGUAAUUAAGUAACUGUACCAUAAUUUUCUGUAUUAGUGUGCUUGAUAGGACCAGUGCACCAUGUAGUGUAAGGUUAAUUUACACCGUAGGAUAUACAAGUAGUUCAUUCAAGUGUAAAAUGUUCUUUGUGAUUUCUGUCCCAUAGGUAUACAAUACUGAACCCUUUAAGCCCCUCAGACCUUUAUACAUUUUCAUGAGUGGUUUUGGCAGUCUCACUAGUUGAGUUUGCUAAUUACAAAAGAAAGUCAAAAAAUACUUGCAAAUAUUUUUUCACUUAAAAAUCUAUUUUGAUAGUUGUUGUUGAUUUCAAAUAUUUUUAAAUCUUCCAAAAUUAAAUAUUUAAUAAACCUAGGACUAUUAAUUGCAAAAUUAUAAAUGAUCAAGAUAAUAGGUAAACUUGGCUAGUUUAUGUGAACAAAAACACAUUUUGCACUUUGUUCAAUGAAUGAUGCACCUUCAUCAAUUUAUAGAGGUAAUUACAUUAAAAUGAUUUGUUUUAAUAACUUUUUAUA